GGGUCUUCUAUCUUAUCCUGUAUUCAGACUCAUCGUAACCACUGAGCUCCUGGUCAAAGGCAGCGAUCGGCAGAUUUGCGACAAUGUCGAUGCUGGCGGAGCGUCGGCGGAAGCAGAAAUGGACUGUGGAUCCCAGAAAUACUGCAUGGAGCAAUGAUGAUUCCAAGUUUGGCCAGAGGAUGCUUGAGAAGAUGGGAUGGUCUAAAGGAAAGGGUUUGGGGGCUCAGGAGCAAGGAGCCACAGAACAUAUUAAAGUUAAAGUUAAAAAUAACAACCUGGGACUUGGAGCUACAAACAAUACUGAAGACAACUGGAUUGCUCACCAAGAUGAUUUCAACCAGCUUUUGGCAGCACUCAACACUUGCCACAGUCAGGAAACAGCAGAUUCCUCAGACAACAAGGAAAGGAAAUCUUUUAGCCUUGAAGAAAAAUCCAAAACCUCCAAAAACCGGGUUCAUUAUAUGAAAUUUACAAAAGGGAAGGAUCUGUCCUCCCGGAGUGAAACCGACCUGGACUGCAUAUUUGGGAAAAGGAAGAGCAAGAAGACUUCUCAGGAUGGCUGCAGCACUUCCACUGCAGAUGAGGUGGACACCUCCAUGACUACUACCACAACCAGUGCCUUCACCAUCCAGGAAUAUUUUGCCAAGAGGAUGGCCCAGUUAAAAAGCAAACCGCAGGCCUCAGCUCCAGAGCCUGACAUUUCAGAGACCUCUGUUGAAUGGAAAAAGGAGAAGAAGAAAACCAAAGAAGCAGCAGUCACAGAUGUGGAGAACUCUCUCCAACACAAGGCCAAGCGACAUAAAAAGAAAAAGUGUGCGGAAGCAGAGAUGGGGCCUGUGGCCAAGAAGAGAGACCAACCCGAGCUGCUGCCUGGAGGCCCCAGCGGGGAUGAGUGUUCCGAAGUCUCUGCCGAAGCUGAAGAAGAUUGUGUACAAUCACCCGACAGCCAGGUUGAUGUCCCAAAGUCCAAGAAGAGGAAAGCAAAGAAAAAGCUGCAAAGGCCAGGGCAGGUAGAAAUAGACACCACGCUAGAAAAAGCACCCAUGAAAAAGAAGAAGAAGAAAGCUUCCAGAUGACCUCACACUAGCCAGGGCCUCUGACCACUCAGCUGCCAGCACACUGCAGGGCUGGCACACAGCAGAUGCUCUGGCCUGAAGUCAGAGCCCGGCGAACCCCAGGCAGCUCAGCAUCUGUUGCCAUGCCCACAGGUUGCAGCUUAUCUUCUCACCACCUUUCCCCUAAGCUGCCUUCCUGAGAGAACUGACUUGAGUGUUCUAGAUCAAGGCUUUUCAAUAAAUAAAUAGAUUCUUUCUUAUA